UCAACCCUUCAACAAUGAAGACGAACUAGCCAAAAAUGGGGAAAAUGGAACUAAAAACAGAGACCCAAUGAUGCUUAUACAUCAAUCCAUCUAUGAAUAAUGUAUACAAGCUCCACGUUCGCCUCAUCAAAACUGGCCUCCAAAACGACCCCGUUUCCCUUCGUCGCCUCCUACUAUCUUUCGCCGCCGCCGCCCCCGCAUCCUUACCUCAUGCCCACUCUGUUUUCGCUCGCGUUCCUUUCCCUGAUACCUUCGCUUAUAACACCCUCAUCAGAGCCCAUGCUCACUCCUCUCCUUCUCACUCCGUUUCGCUCUUCUCCGCCAUGCGCCGUGAUGGCGUAUCUCCGGACAACUUCACUUUCCCUUUCGUACUCAAAGCGUGCGCCCGUCUCCACAUAGGUCACGAUGCUCACGCGCUUAUAAUCAAACUGGGUUUGGGUUCAGAUAUUUAUGUACAAAAUGGGUUGAUUAGUUUAUACGGUUCGCUUGGGUCAGUGGCUGGUGCAUUCGACGUGUUCGAUGAAAUGCCGGAAAGAGACUUGGUUUCUUGGUCCAGUAUGAUAUCUUGUUUUGCAAAUAAUAAUUUUGGAUACGAAGCUUUGGGUUUGUUUCAAUAUAUGCAAUUGGUGGGAAAUCUUAAGCCGGAUGAAGUUACCAUGCUUAGUGUAAUAUCUGCAGUUUCAAGCUUAGGGGCUUUAGAAUUAGGUAAAUGGGUUGAUGCUUACAUUUCAAGAACUGGGUUGAAGCGCACUGUGUCAUUAGGGACUGCGUUGAUUGAUAUGUAUUCUCGAUGCGGCUCUGUCGACGAUUCCAUAAAAAUUUUCAAUGCCAUACCGGUGAAAAAUGUAUUGACUUGGACGGUACUAAUCAAUGGACUGGCUGUUCAUGGCCGUAGUGAAGAAGCCUUGAAAGUGUUCCAUGAGAUGAAAAACGCUGGUUUGAAGCCCGAUCAUAUUACCUUUAACGGUGUUUUAGUGGCUUGUAGUCACGGUGGACUCGUCGACGAUGGGUGGAGAGUUUUUGAGAGUAUAAAAUCAGAUUACGGGAUGGAACCUACGGUGGAACAUUAUGGUUGUAUUGUUGAUUUACUUGGCCGUGCAGGGUUGCUUAAUAAAGCUUUUGAGUUUGUUGAUACAAUGCCUAUUAAGCCAAAUGCAGUCAUAUGGAGGACUUUGCUUGGAGCUUGUGUGAAACACAAUGACCUCAAGUUGUCCGAGAAAGCAAAGGUGAAGAUUCAUGAGCUCGACCCUAAUCACGACGGUGAUUAUGUGCUUUUGUCGAACGUGUACGGUCAAGUUGGUAAAUGGGACGAGAAAGCAAACGUGAGAAACUCGAUGAGGGAAAAGAAAGUCGGGAAGAAACCCGGGUAUAGUUUCCUUAACGAAGGGGAUAUGCUUCAUGAGUUUGUUUCUGGAGACGAUUUCCAUCCUAAAUCCAAUGAAAUCAAACGAUUCUUGGUUUCGAUAAUCGAUGACCUUAGACUCGAUGGCUACACUUUCUUUACUUGCAAUGCAUUACACGAUGUUGAAGACGAGGAGAAAGAGCAAAGCCUUAGUUUUCACAGCGAAAAACUGGCUGUUGCUUUCGCUCUUCUUAGGUUCAAGGAUAGGAGGACCAUUAGGGUUAUAAAGAAUCUUCGGAUUUGUUAUGAUUGCCAUUGUUUCAUGAAACAUGUUUCCAAUAAGUUCGACCGGGAAAUUGUUGUCCGAGACCGGAACCGAUUCCAUCAUUUUAGCAAGGGAUCUUGUUCUUGCAAGGAUUACUGGUAAUAAACAUUCCUUUCUGA